UUUAUUUCACAAAUAAAAAAGGUUUUUAAAUUUUUAACUUACAAUACUAUCAGGCUGCUAUUUAUAUUUUAAAUUUCUCCGCUCUCAUUAUACCUUUUAUAUUAAUAGCAAUGACAAGAAAAUGUGUUGUUUGUAAUAAAUUGUACAUUAAGGGUUCAGAUGAAACAUUUCAUUCCUUUCCUAAAGAUGAAACUAGAAAAAAAAUGUGGUUAAAAGCUUGUAAGAUAAAAUUGUGUUUGCCAUCAAACAAAAUAUGCGGAGAUCAUUUUUUACCGGAACACUACUUACUAAGUGGAUACCUCACAAAGGACGCUGUUCCAUUCUUAGCUCCUACGAGUAUGAAUAAACCUUUGAACGCUCAAUGUACCUCUAGCCCUUGUCCAAUUCCUAUAAAACUCCCAUGUAUCGAACGCACAGCUUCUACAAGUACAGAUAAACCUUUGAACGAUCAAUGUACCUCUAGCCCUUGUCCAAUUCCUAUGAAAAGUUCAUGUGUCAAACCCAUAGCUUCUAUGAAUACGGAUAUAACUUACAGUCCUGAAAGUCGAAAACGUAAGAUAUUAAAUUCCAGCACAAUAGGGGCUUUAUCACCAAGUCAUUUUAGUUCUCCAAGAAAGGCAAAGAGACAUUUGGACAUGGUGAAGAACAAAUUUAAAGAGAAACAAGUUCAAAAUAAUAAUCUAAAAAAUAAAAUCUACAGACUGAAAAAAAAAAUUGAAAAAGAUGGUGAAUAUAUACAAUCUUUAAAUAGACUGCUAAAAGAAAAAGAACAUAAAGAGAUAUUAAAUGCUAACAUAAUAGGAGCCUUAACACCAAGUCAAUUAAUUUCUGCGAAAAAGGCAAAAACACGUUUGGACACAAAGAAGAACAAAUUUAAAGAGAGGCAAAUAGAAAAUGGAAAUCUGAAAAACCAAAUUCAAAGUCCGAAAAAUUAUACAGUUCAACAAGAUCAUGAUUAUACAAUUUUUACAUAGACUAUAUUAUAGUCAGGAGAACAAAAAGUAUUCACUGAUGUGCAAAAUCCUAGCGGUAAAUUUCUGUCAUUGUAUCGCCAUAUUAUUAAAUAAAGAGUCCGCAUUUUGAAUAAUUAUAAUAUCUAAUGCAUAUUAUGUAAAAACAAUGAAAUUGCUGAAAGUCAAAAUUGCCAAUUGGUAACUAAACCAAGAAUAAAGGCAAAAAUAAAAUUAAAAAAAACAUAAAAGCAAAGGCUGCACAUGGUGUAGUUGGUCGAUUGCACACUGCCUUGGUUGGAGAACCCUUGUUUAUAGAAAAAAAGAUGUUGCUUGCAUAUUUUCAAACAGCCGUUUAUUGUUCUCAUGACUAUAACACCGUCUUUAAAUGAGGUAUUGAGUUACACUGGUGGGUUAUUUGUGACAAAAAUACAAAAUAACUUGUAAUAUAUGUCACAGAUUUUUGAUUGACUGUCCAUAUCACAAUUUUAAAUAAAUAAAAUAUAAAUAUCAAAAUAAUGCUGUGAAAAAACUAA